UAGAUUUAAUAAUUUAUUAUUUUUCAAAUGGAUUUCAGAAAUUCCUUCAAAUCUCAUAGCUCAUACAAACAAAUUCGAAGCCCUGGUGAUCAAAGCGAGCCAAGCCCUGAACAUCUUCCUAUCCUCCACGAUCACGAUCACCAUCCUGAUCAUUCCAGCAUGGUCAUCGAUGACCCGAAACCCGAAAGCACUCGUUCUAGCCUCGAUGAUGGUCGUAACGCACCUGUAGAACGUGAUGCCAGUUACAAAUUUUGGCAAGACAACACUGGAACACCCACCGAUGACACGGCGGUGAGAACAAGUGAUAAAGAUCCAAUCGCUACUAUUCGAAAAGGCGAUAGAUUAAGCGGUAGUUUCGAUUUCGCGCAAGGGAAGCUACCGGUUGAGGAUUCUCCAACGAAAAUGGUUGCCGGAGAACCUAUGAAUCGACAAUGGAGAGGUAGAAAUAAUGAAGAGAUCACACUUGAUGUUGAUCAAGAAAAUGAUGAUGUAAGUCACCAGACAAUGCCUACGCCUACAUCAACGGCUCGAACCUCGUUUGAUGCGUCUAGAGAAUUGAGAGUCUCUUUUAACGUUCGUAGAGCGGGUGGUACGUUUGUUGCUGGUUCGGUUCCUUCUUCGUCUUCUCAUUCGACUACUUCUUCGUCCGCUACAAUGCGGACGAAUCAGGAGCAGCCGCAACAGCAGGAGGAUGAGGUUGUUAGAUGUACUUCGAACAUGUCGUUUCAGAGGAAAUCAGAGCUUAUUUCGAGAGUUAAGACAAGGUCUAGGCUUCAAGAUCCGCCACGUGAGGAAGAGACCCCUUACUCGGGUUGGAGAUCGGGUCAGUUGAAAUCCGGGUUACUUGGUGAUAUUGAUGAAGAGGAUGAUCCAUUAGCGGAAGAAGAUGUACCAGAUGAGUAUAAAAGAGGGAAGCUUGACGCCAUUACAUUGCUCCAGUGGCUUAGCUUAAUCGCUAUUAUAGCUGCAUUGGCGUGUAGUUUAUCGAUUCAGUCUUGGAAGAAAGUUAGAGUUUGGAACCUUCACUUAUGGAAAUGGGAAGUGUUUUUGCUGGUUCUUAUAUGUGGGAGGUUGGUUUCGGGUUGGGGAAUCCGAAUUGUUGUCUUCUUCAUCGAGAGAAACUUCCUUUUGCGAAAACGUGUUCUUUACUUCGUAUACGGUGUGCGUAGAGCUGUUCAGAAUUGCCUCUGGCUCGGCCUAGUUCUUCUCGCUUGGCAUUUCUUGUUCGAUAAGAAAGUUCAAAGAGAGACAAGGAGCAGGUUUCUUCCUUACGUUACUAAAAUCUUGGUGUGUUUCUUGUUAAGCACUAUCUUGUGGUUGAUCAAGACACUAGUGGUUAAAGUUCUAGCCUCUUCUUUCCACGUCAGUACUUACUUUGAUCGGAUUCAAGAAGCGUUGUUUAACCAGUAUGUGAUCGAGACGUUAUCGGGUCCUCCCAUGCUUGAAAUGAGCAGGAUUGAAGAAGAGGAAGAGCGUGCGCAAGAUGAGAUAUUCAAGAUGCAGAACGCGGGUGCUAAUUUACCUCCUGAUCUUUGCGCGGCUGCGUUUCCACCUGGUAAAAGCGGGCGAGUGUUGAAUCCGAAGCUCUCCCCGAUCAUCCCGAAAACCACAACUGAUAACGGAAUCAGCAUGGAACACCUUCACAGGAUGAAUCAUAAGAACAUCUCAGCUUGGAACAUGAAAAGGCUAAUGAAGAUUGUGAGAAAUGUUUCCCUCACCACAUUGGACGAACAGAUGCUGGAAAGCACAUACGAAGAUGAAUCCACCCGCCAGAUACGAAGCGAAAAAGAAGCAAAAGCAGCGGCAAGGAAGAUUUUCAAGAACGUUGAGCAACGUGGCGCAAAGUACAUUUACCUAGAGGAUUUGAUGAGAUUUUUGCGGGAAGACGAGGCGAUGAAGACCAUGGGCCUCUUCGAAGGUGCACCGGAGACCAAAAGGAUUAGCAAAUCAGCCUUAAAGAACUGGCUGGUCAAUGCUUUCAGAGAGCGACGAGCUCUUGCCCUGACACUCAACGACACCAAGACAGCAGUGAACAAGCUCCAUCACAUGAUUAAUAUUGUCACUGCCAUUGUCAUUGUUGUCAUAUGGCUUGUCCUUCUUGAAAUUGCUUCCUCCAAGGUACUUCUAUUUGUAAGUUCACAAGUUGUACUCUUGGCCUUCAUCUUUGGGAACACUGUCAAGACCGUCUUCGAGUCCAUCAUCUUCUUAUUCAUUGUACACCCUUACGAUGUUGGUGAUCGCUGUGAGAUUGACAGUGUACAGUUGGUGGUGGAGGAGAUGAACAUACUCACUACGGUGUUCUUGAGAUACGACAAUCUAAAGAUUAUGUAUCCGAAUAGUCUUUUGUGGCAAAAAUCAAUCAACAAUUACUACCGCAGUCCGGACAUGGGAGAUGCAAUCGAGUUUUGUGUCCACAUUACUACUCCUCUUGAAAAGAUCGCCGUGAUCAAGCAGAGAAUAUCAAACUACAUCGACAACAAGCCAGAGUAUUGGUACCCACAAGCCAAAAUCAUUGUAAAAGAUUUGGAAGAUUUGCACAUAGUAAGACUAGCAAUAUGGCCAUGUCACAGGAUUAAUCACCAAGACAUGGCUGAAAGAUGGACAAGAAGAGCCGUCUUAGUCGAAGAAGUGAUUAAGAUCCUCCUCGAACUCGACAUUCAACACCGGUUUUAUCCACUCGAUAUCAAUGUACGAACAAUGCCUACCGUUGUCUCUAGCAGAGUUCCACCUGGCUGGUCACAAAACCAACCUGCCUGAAAUUUUGAUGAACAACCCAACAGAGGUUGAUGUUUAUUUCUUUUUGCCUCAAACGAGUCAACAAUUUUGUAACCAAACAAACAUUAAUCUAAUUAAUUAGUUCCUAUAA